AUGUCGUCCGACUCCGAUAUCGACAUGGAGCCGAAAGGCCUCGUCAACGACGACGGCAACUAUAUCCUGCAGCACGACGACAUCGCCAACCUCCUCAAGUACGUCUGGUCAGGUGUACUCCUUCCCGUCACGGAGGACGCGUACACGCAACGCCUGCAGCUCUCUGACGACACCGCGGGCAAGCUCUCCGAUGUGAUCAAACCCCUCGUCGCGGCGUACGCUGUGGCUCAGACGAACUGCCAAGUAUUCAAGGACAAGACCUACCCAGGCAUUGUCGACCUCUCGAGCGACGUGUACAACUACGCCCAGAAUGCAGGCGGUACCGUCGAAGAUUCGUACUACGUCAACAUCAUCAGCUGGAUCAAGCAACUGAGCCAGUCCACGGACAAGGACGAGCAGGAAGACCUUCACGGAGCCAUCGACGCCGUCAUCGACCAACAACUCGAGGCAAUCCAAGCCCUUCAAGACAGAGCUGACGCGGCCGUCGGCGAGCUCGCGAAAUUUGAAGAUCAGUCCGAGAAGGACCAAGAUGCUCUGACGACCCGCAGCAAUGCUGUCAAGGACAAGGCCACCGCCGAGGUUGGCAACCUCGACGAUCUGAACGCCAAGCUGAAGGAGUACCGCGACGAGCUCACGGACGACCUGAAGGAGUACGAGCAUGACAAACUCGUCGAGGAGACCUCUGCGGCCUACUGUUGGAUAGGACUCUUCGGUCUGAUUGCUGCCGCCGCAGUUGCCAGCGUCUAUGGCGACAAAGCGGCCAAGAUGGCGAAGCGUAUUGACGAAGUCCGCCAGCUCAUCAGAGACUGGGAGGCCAAGGUCAGGGACGAGACGCGCCUUAUUUCCGAUCUUGGCGCCAUAAGCACGGACGUCGGGAACGUCCUGACGCUGAUCAAGCCCGCCAUUGCGGUUAUUCAGAAGAUGAUCGGUGUCUGGACCGCCAUCGCGAACGACCUAAAAAACCUGAAGGACACUGUGAAUAAGGACUUCAAGAUAGCCAACGAAAUAGUUGCGCGCAUGGAGGCUACUAAACUUGUGGACAAAUGGAACGACCUCGCGGAAUCUGUCGACAAGUAUCGCCAAGCCGCGUUCGUCUCCGACGUCUCCACUGCGACUCUCGACGACCUGUCGGCCCAGCUUCACGAGCAAGCGACCAGAUAAUUGGAACUCUCGCUGUCGAGGGCCGAAGUAAAGGCAUUCCUCUUGCCUCGAUGUACUCGUAUAAGCCUCGAUGUAUUCAGCCCAGGAUCUCAAUCGCAUGUGCCAUUCUCGUAUACUGUGACUUCGGACGCCAUCGAGGGAGGAGGUUUCCUUUGAGAUAGAGAGAUGACUUCAGUAGCAUCCCGAAAAGCUCAAGAAGAUCGAACGGGCUUGCUUGACAGCAUUAUAUCAUGACAGGUACACAGCAGACUCGUAAUCUACAAGGGGAGACAUCAGCGUAAAUAGUGGAUACAACGGCGGGGAGCGUUUGUAG